CAUUUGCUGCAAGAAGCUAGUUCACGGACAGCUAACCAGAAAAAGAUGAAGAAGAAAUAGGGAAGGAAAUAGAAAAUAUUUUGUCUUUUAGUAACUGAGCAGACGUUUGGUUUAGACUUUUCUGUCGUAUCCGCAUUAGAGAAGGUAGUUUAUGUCAAAUGUAGCGUUAGUUAAAACUUCCUCUCUGGUCAAACACGUUAGAUAGUAGGCUAACCCGUUGUCUUAACUUGUACAGUAAAUGUACGGAGUUCAGGUUGAGGUCGUUUUCCGGUUUGCUGUUCUGAGAUGAUGAUGCUGAUCGGAUAACAGCGGUUACUUUCGGGGUUUUUUUGUAUCGCAGUAUGGGUGGACGUUAGCGCUUAAGCCGACUUGGCUAACUGCGUUUUGCACACAAGGUUAAAAUUAGCUUUAGCCAGCUAGCUCCUCACUGUGCAGCUUUCUCACUUUCUUAUGCUGACUUGUCAGGACAGGUGUGCUGAAAGUAGGCCAGGUGUUCGGCGGGAUAGAUAGUCUGUAACUUAGCCACAGAGCUCACAGAGUGUGGCACCAAGUCCAGCAGUCAACUUCAGGGACUUUUAUUACUUUAGUGGAGCCAGAGGUGGGAUCAUGCUGCUCUCUUUGAUUGUGCACACAUACUCGCUGCGGUACUGGUUUCCAGCCACGAUCAUGCUGGGGACAGCCCCGGCAUAUCUGCUGUCGUGGUCGGUUUGGCGUUUACUUUCAACUGUCUUACCAACGCGAGUGUAUCACAGGAUAGACGACCGGCUGUACUCCAUCUACCAGAGUAUGGUACUCUUCUUCUUUGAAAACUAUACAGGGGUUGAGAUUGUAAUAUAUGGAGAUAUACCAAAGAAAAAAGAGAACGUGAUCUACCUGUCUAAUCAUCAAUGUACAGCUGACUGGAUCAUUGCUGACAUGCUCGCCAUCAGGCAGAAUGCUAUUGGUCAUGUCAGAUAUGUUCUUAAAGAUGGACUUAAGUGGCUCCCACUUUAUGGAUGGUAUUUCUCUCAGCACGGAGGGAUCUACGUGAAGCGAAGUGCAAAGUUUAAUGAGAAGGCAAUGAAGAAGAAGCUGCUCACUCAGACUCAGUCUGGAGCACCGAUGUACCUCGUCAUCUUCCCAGAAGGAACUCGGUAUAAUCCAGAGCUCAAGAACGUUAUCACUGACAGUCAGGCUUUUGCUACGAAAGAAGGACUGGCUGUUCUGAAGCACACGCUUACACCCAGGAUGAAGGCAUCUCACAUAGCCAUCGAGACCAUGAAGGGCCACCUGGACGCUGUCUAUGACAUCACAGUUGCCUACGAGGGAACGCUGGACUCCUCCGGUCGAAGAAGACCUGCGCCAUCAAUGCCAGAAUUCCUGUGCAAAGAAUGUCCGCGAGUCCACAUACACUUCAACCGUGUGGACAUAAAGGAAAUUCCUCCAGAGCCAGUGUUUUUCCGCAGGUGGCUGCAUGAGCGGUUCGAAAUCAAGGACCAGCUGCUGACGGAGUUCUACGAGUCAGAGGAUGCAGACAAAAUUUGCAGGUUCCCCGGGGAAGGCAAACCGUCUCCUCUCAACCUCUCCAAAACCCUCCCAUCUAUGAUGAUCUUGGCGGGAUUGACACUGCCAUUACUGCUGACGGAGAGCGGCAGGAAAGUCUACGUGAGGACCUGGAUGUAUGGGACCCUGCUGGGCUGGCUGUGGGUGAACUUUUUUCCUUAACGAACGGGGGCGGAGGCUGCCACGAUGAGACGCACAAAAGACAUGGAGAGACGGUGCCAUUUUCCUGUAUCACAACAACACAAGGUGUGUUCCAGAUGCAGAGCUGUAUCUGAUAAGAGGCUCAGAGAUUUAUCCCCACAUGUCUGGCUUACUGUUGACCUUGAGCUGAAAGCUGAACAGAGAAAUGUGAGAAAUGAAAGCUUUUUGUGCUACUUGCUCCCUCGCGUUAUUUGGAUUUGCAGCCUGAAAUGAUAAGAAAACAUGAAUGGAUUUGUUGAAGAGUAUAAUAAAUGAAAAAAAAAUUGCUACGUUCUUCUCUAAAAAAUAAUUUCCCCUUCAUCAGUUUUCAACCAAAUUAGUAUUAAUGCAUGCUCAUUUGUCAUUCGAACAUUGGCCAGUUUUAAAGCUCUUAAAUUACAUUUAUUUUCGCCAACAAAGUGUGCUGAGUACUCUCAAAAUGCAUUUAAUGAUGAUGGUCAGCUACUGUAUGUACCUGACACAGUGCACGAACCUACUCGUGAUGGAUCAUUAAUAAUGAAGUGCACUGAUACGUCGACAUUGGUUUAAAAUGUCUGUGUUUUACGCCAAGUCCCACAUCAGGAGGAUUAUGCACUUUGCUCAUUUAAAGUGAUGUUUUUACAUCAGUAGAACAAAAUAAAUGACAUGUAGUCCUCUGUAGGGGCUCAUAAAGAUGACACCAGCUGAGUUGUUUACCAUAAAUAUUCAUACGGACUCUUUUAUUUUAUAUUGAUAAUGAAUGUAGCUUUAAAAAUAUGUUCAUUUAUGCAUAUAUGAAGGAGUACAUUUUUGUUUUCCCUGACACCCUUUAAUAUUAAAUAUACAGUCUAGUCUACAUUUCAAGUCAUUGUCACUGAACACUGGCAGAUGCCACAGUGAGCUCAUACAGAGGAAUGCCCAUUUAAAAAUGUUCUACCAAUGUAAAAUAUCGCUUUAACCUUAAAGUGUCAGUCAUUGCCAAAACCUGGUGUAUUUGCCACGUUAUUCUGCAGGUGGUUUAAGUUGAGCAAUACUUGUUUUAAUACCAGCCCUAAUGACAGCAAAGAAACUUACUGUCUUUUUUUUUUUUUUUUUUGGAUUAAUUACAUUAAAAUUAUUUUUUUUGUUGUGUGUGUGUGGUUUAUUCAGUUCCAUAACUUUUAUAUGCAUUUGUUAUUUCAAAUAAUGUGUUACAGCUGACUUGAAAGUACCUACCUAGCAAAAAGCUGACAAAGCCAUGUUAACAGUAUAUUACAGACUCCUGUGCACUCGAAGCCAUUUGUAUUAUAAACAUCACUGUAUUGUGAAAUGCACUGUUUAUCCAUCAUCAUUGUUUACUGUAAUGAAACCAUUGCAUUUUCCACAAGUCACUUUACAUGUUUGCUGUCUCGUCCUCCUCUAGAGUUAGCCUGUAAUUUGUUUUCCUCAUGUCGAUGGUACAGUAAAUCUCAUGGUUUUUACAUGUCACUCAAAUGUCUGUUUGAAUAAUCCUUCUUUGUUCUUAAAUGACCCUUGUCAGCCAUUUUAUAGUCAUUUUUAUCCUGACAAGCUCAGACUGUACCUCAUCAGGAAACUCUAUGUAGACAGUGUUCCAAUGCCAACUGUUUUUGAAAAUGUGUGCCUUCUCUUUGGAGGAGUUGGUCCUCAGCCCUCCCACAGAGGGCCGCAGUGGCUCUUUUUCCACCAGGUGACUGCAUGGAGGCGCUCUGCUGGAGCUGUGGCUCACUGCAGCUUGCGGUCACAUUGUCUACAGUUAAUAGUGGCUUAUUUUGCUCUACGAAUGCAUUGAUUUACACUUUUUGAGAACUAUUAUUAAACAAUGAAACCUUUAACGUGUGUAAAUUCUGGAAAUGGGGUUUCAGAGUGAAAUAAAAUGGUUUUCUUUGGGAAAGAGUCAAGUUA